AUGUAUUAUGGAUAUAAUCGUGGACAUCCAGCUCCAGAUGGCAACAGCCGAGGUGCCAGCAGUAUUUUAACCGGGACUCUCACCGAGUCCGUCCGUAGUAGUUCCAGUGGCUGCACUGCGCAGCUCCAGCUUGGAGAUUGCCUCUUCGACUUAACAGACGAUGGCGGCGCAAUAGCAGUCACCUCGUUUCGAUCCAGUGGUGAUGUGAUUGAUGGGGUUACAGAGACGACCCUCGUCGCGCUUAAGACAAUUGUCAAGAAGUUCGCUACGGUUCUGCGAGAAAAGCUGCUGCCCAUUUUGCAGGAAAGGCAGAUAGAUCUCUCGAGUGAGCGUGAUCAAAGCCGAACAUUCGUAGCCGCCUACCUCACAACAGGUUUCAAUCGCGUCGUGAUGCAG